GCGAGGACCGCUGGGAGUUGUAGUUUUGCUGGACCGCGCGCUUCCCGGGGCCAGGGGGGAGACUACAAGUCCCGGGAGGCGCGGCGCGAGCGCCCGGAGGGCGGGGGGUACGAAAGAGAAACCCGGAGCGAGCGGUCCGCUGGGCUGGCUGAGGCUUCCAUUCUGAGAACUGGGCAGGAGCACCUGCAUGUCGGCAGCUCUCGUGCUGGAGAGUCAGACCUGCACUGAAAGCCACCAUCCCCCUCCCCCCGUAGCACCCUCUCACCUACAGACCCUGCACCCUGGGACAUGGCAUUCCAGCAUGUGGUUCUCCUGGCUGGCCUCCUGGUGGAAGUUGCCAGCAAGUCCUCAGCAAGUGUGGGCCAGCAGCCCGAGUGUUGUGUGGCCACACUGGACACCAAUGCCACUUGCCCGGGCACAAGCCUAUGUGGCCCAGGCUGCUACAGGCUCCCCAAUGAGGAUGGAAAUGCCAGCUGUGUGCAGUGCGGGAACGGGACCUUUCUGGCCAACGGCUCCGAGUGCAGAGCCUCCGCUGGCCAGGACGGACACUCCUCAGGGAGCCAGAGCACAGCAGCACCCAGGCAGCUGGACUUCGGCGGUCCUCAGGUGGCAGCCUCCCUUUUCCUGGGCACCUUCUUCGUCAGCUCCGGCUUCAUCCUUGCCGUGGCCGGGUGGUUCUACCUCAAGCGUGCCAGUAAACUCCCCAGGGUCUUCUACGGAAGAAACAAAGCCCCUGCCCUGCAGCCUGUGGAAGUGGCCUCGAUGAGCUCCUCCCCGCGGUCCUCAGUGCGAAAGCCUCGCUAUGUCAGGCGGGAGCGGCCCUCGGAUGGGACCAUGAGCCCCACUGCCAUCUCCCUAGAGGGGGCCCGGCUCAGCGACGUCUGACAGACUGGCAGCUUCACACUGGAUCUUGAGGCUUCAGGACAGACCUGGAUGUGGCCCAACUCAGCUCGUCUACCUCGCACCGACGGUCCCCCUGCUUUCUGCACCCUGUGCCCCUGCAAGAAGAGAGGCCAGACCUGGGUGUUCCAGAUGGUGACAUCCUGUCCGGGUGCAUAAGCGAGCAAAGCCCUUGUUUUCCUCUGACCUGUUUGUAUGCAGAAGUGGAUUUAAAGAGAAAUUGAGUUCUUCUCUGCUCCACACCUGACCCAGGUGUCGGGCCCAGGACAGUGCCUCAGCUGUAGGAACAUAGCAUGUGGCUCCCAUGGGCUGUGACCACAGAUCUGUCUGCCUCCAGCAUCGCUCCCUGGACACCCUCCCUGAGGCCUGAGGCUCUGCAGCCUGGUGGGAGGGAGGCAGAGCAGGGCUGUGUUCCCCCAGCCCAAGGUCACUGUGCCAGGACCGAUGGCAAAAGGAAGGAGGAAGGAGAGUGUGCCUCAGGACAGCAGCCCGACGAGGGCUUGUCCCAGCGCCUCCUGCCUGAGACAUGCUGCCGCUCUCCCCCAACCCUGUUAGGUCUGGGGGGUCCCAGAUCACUGCAGGCCCCUGAGUAGAGAAUCAAGCCAGUCUCCAAGUCUGAACAAGACAGGGAGUGCAGUCAUCCCUACCAGGCCAGACAGAUGGACCCUUUCCAGUGACCGUCCCAGGAGGCCCCUCACUCUCCUGUGACCCCUCAGCUCCAGCCCUGCCUCACCCUGUUCGCAGUCUCAGUACCAUGCACACUGAAUGCGACCCCACCCUCACGCUGACUUGAAGCUCCCCAACCCCACAUCACCCUUGCUUCCCCUCACCUUUGAUCUGCCUCUUGGGGAUGGCUCAGCUACUCUGGCAUCUCUGAGCUAACAGGAUGGGGCAGCCGGCCCUGCUGGUCCUCAUCAGAUAGUGUCCAGCUCAGAAGGCAGGUGGGUGGUAGUGUGGAGUGAGGGCAGAAGGUGGUGGGAAAGGGCACGGGGGCGGGCAGGUUAGGGAAAGGGUGCCUGGAGUGGGAGCCGGCUCAGCCCCACCCACUUCACUCCCCCGAUCCCCCAGUCACCUCUUCCCUGGACUCAGUGCUGUGAGAGUGAAGUGGCCAUCAGCUGAGGUCAAGGCAGGGCCUGUUCCUCCUGACCCCCUCCCAGUUUCUGGGUGUCGGGGCCCUGGGGCCCAGGUGAGUGGGCUGGGAGAUAGUCCCUCUCUCCACUCUGGAAGCAGAAGUCAGGCAAAAGGCCUGUAGCUGGGUGCUCAUAGCUCGGGAGGUGUGUGAGGGUAAAGGUCCUGGCCAGGGUGUGGCGUGAGCACCAGGUGGGCUGACCACCAGGUGUCCAGAGUUGUCUCGUGCUGUGUUCACCUGAGUGGCCCCACGUAUUCUGUCCCCAGUCCCAGGGUUGGGGGGAACUGGCCGGUUGCCAUGUCAAGAAGAGCAGCAAGUCUCAGGCUGGCUGCAGGCAAGGACACAGGUACACACACACCACCAGGGUCACCCGGGCACAGAACACUGUAAGGGACUGAGCAAGAGGAAGGGGCAUAGCCCCGCCUGUUACAUUCCUCAGUGCUGUCCCUUUGCCUCGGGCACUGACGCUCCCGUGAGAACCAUGGUGACCUCAGAGCUCACCCAUUCCCUGGAGCCUUCAGGAGGGGAGGCUGUUCACAGCACAGGGAUCAAUCAGGAUCAACCUUCCAGUUCCUCCUCACUCUCCAGGACCCAGACGACAGCUUGGGACCCAGAGUCAGGAUGCCCAGGGAACUAGAGCCCACACCUGGGGCUGGCCCCACUGUGCCGACCCCAGGGCUGCAGCACCUGCCUAAUCUUGAGUGAUCCACAGCACUGUUGGGUCCCACCCAGAAAGAAGAGCAGGUUCUUGGUGACCUCCGAUUCCUCCUCACUCUCCUAGUGCGGAGAGGUGGGGCAGUCUGCAGUAAAAGACCCCUGGAGCCCUGUCGAGCGCCCUCCCAUCCUCUCAACCCUCCAUUCCAUCCCCCUUGGUCCCUCCGUCCUGUUGUCCUUGCAGUCCCUCUAUCUGAUCCCCUCAGCCCUCCAUCCAGUGUCCUCAGUCCCUCCACACCGUCCCCUCUAUCCCUACAUCUUGUCUUCAGUUUCUCCUUCCCAUCCCCUCAGUCCCUCCAUCCGUUCUCUCAGUCCAUUCCGCCCCCAUAGUCGUUCCACCACAUCCCCUCAGUCCCUCCAUCCCAUCUCCACACGCCCUCCAUCCUGUCCCCUCAGUUCAUCCUGUCCUCAGAAUUGCUCUUCCCGUCCCCUCAGUCCCUCCAUCCCAUCCCCUCAGCUCUCCAUUCCCUUCCCCUUAACUCUUGUCCUUUCAGGCCCCUUCAUCCUGUCCUCUUAAUCCCUUGGUGUCCCCUAGGCCUCUCCUGUUUCUGUUCAGCUGCCCCCUGUCUUCCAGCCCUCAGACUAAACUGCCCACACUCUACCCCUGGAGGUUCCAGAACUCUGCCAGUUGCUUUCUCAGCCUCCAGGGUCCCUGACCAGCAGGGACUUGAGGCGUCUGGCAGUCACUUCCCUGAAAUGGGUCCUGGGGCCCAGCCUCACCAGAGUCUGCUCCUUGGGGUGCUCCCAUUCUCCUAGGUAGAGUGAGGGUUUCCUCUGCUCCUAGAGGCUGUAGGAGAUGCAGCAGGUCCACAGAUGUGGAGGUGUGUAUGGCAGGUGGUGCUGGGACAGAGCUGCCCAGAACAGGCCACCCACUGGGCUGAGCUCUCUGGAAGCCACUGUGCACUUAGGGGUACUGAAUGGAGAUUACUGGAGAGGCCACAGGCUAACCUGCCAGAGCUGCCCUGGCGGGCUCUGACUCGCCUUGCCCACACCUGGAGAGGGCGGGCCAAUCCCAGGGCCCCAGGCCACACCCCUGGGCUCAUGACCUCAAGCAUAUAAAUACUCCUGCCGAGAGCCCACGCCCAGACAAGUCACACCUGCCACCUCGCCUGAAACAGCACACGCACCCCUGGCUGCCCAGCACAGAGCAGAGGACGCACCUGAAGGCCUGGGCCACCGACACUGCUAGUGUUGACCGUGCUGAGGGUCACCUGCCUCCCUGCAGGAGAGGUCCUCCAAACUGGCUACCGAGAGCAUGCCAAGGCCCUGCUGACCGCCUCACCAG